GAAAAACGAACGUCACAAUCCCAGCCUCCAGACGUCACGGGCGCAGUCCCCGGAAGUGGUUCAGAACUUGUCAACACGAAAGGCUAACUGAUAUGGUGAUGUCUUCCUCCUAAAAUGGAACUUGUAUGACAUUUCUUUCUGCAUUGAUUUUUUUUCUUUCAAUAUUUUGUGGAGGAGCAUUUACAAAAUGUCACUUGCAUGCAGCAUCCUUGUCCUAAUAUUUUCCAUUUUAUCAUGCUGCUGUUUUGAGUUUACCCAUUCUUCUGCACGCUGUAGCCGCUACCUUCCGGUUACAGACAACCAAGUGGGAGAGAUCACAAGUUCAGCCUACCAUAGCUACUCUUACCGAUAUGGCUCCACCUAUGACUGCUGGGUCAUCAAGGGCUUAGAAAACCAGCCUAUUGUUCUUAGUUUUUCCCAGUUUUCUGUGCGGUGCAGGAAGGAAUGGGUGUCGAUAAAAUCAUCAGUUGGGGGUGAGCCAAUGGUCCUCUGUGGAAAGUUGCCCGAGCCUAUGGAGUUUCCUGGGGGCAAUAUUACUAUAAUCCACCAUUUCCUGCCCCAUUUGUUUCCUGUGUCAUCAUUUCGCUUGAACUAUGCCAGAGAUUCUGGUUUUUGCCCUGAGACAUCCUUUCAGUGCCUGGGAGGGCGGUGCAUUCCUCUCUCCUGGCUCUGUAAUGGCCAAGUCGAGUGUCUGGAUGAAGGACUUGGUUUUGGCAGUGAUGAACAAGACUGUGAGCCCGAAGAGGACACACCAGAACCCACCAGAUACAGCUACACACUGGACGGACAGAACAACGUGGAAACUUACACAGAGAAGAACAGUGCCAUGUCUCAAACCGCCAUCAAUACAGAGUCUGAUCUCUGGGCUCUUUUUAAAGGGCAUCAGGAGGAGGAGAGUGACAUAGACCGACAGCUCAGUGCAGUGACCCCUGCUCCCAUUGACUGGCCGUGCGGGGGUCUGCUGCAGACAUUCUAUGGCACUUUCUCGCCUCCGAUCCUCCGCGGCCCUGCACUCUUCUGUGUGUGGACAGUGGACCCUGAGGACUCCAGGCCCCUCAGACUGGACCUCCAGCAGCUGUUACUCGGGCCUGGUGACAGACUUACUGUGUUCAACAGAGAACAAGGCAAAGGGGAUAUACUCAAAAUUAUCACAAGCAGCUCUAAUUACAAAUCAGUCCAAGUUGAGUCUCACACUGGUGUUCUUUCUCUGACAUACCAAACUAUCCCCGGGUCAGAGGGAAGCGGCUUUAAUGCCACCUUCCGAGUUGGAACCUACUGUCCACCGUGGGAAGGCCGAUGUGGAGGAGCCGCAGGUGGAUGCUUUACUCAGGAGCAACGCUGUGACGGCAAAUGGGACUGUCCAGAAACGGGCCGGGACGAGGAGGGCUGCAGAGGCUGUAGUCGUAGUCAGUUUGCCUGUGGGGUCGCAGGUCAGAGGUCAGUGGCAUCCAGCCAUUUUACAGGUAGACCUGUGUGCUACCCAGUCACAGAGAGAUGCAACUACCAGCUGUACUGUGCCGAUGGGAGUGACGAGAAGGACUGCACCGUGUGUCAACCUGGAACUUUUCAUUGUGACAGCGACAGGUGUGUUUUUGAGACAUGGCGCUGCGAUGGCCAGGUGGACUGUAAGGAUGGCACUGAUGAGAUGAACUGCACUGUCAUCCUUCCACGCAAAGUCAUCACAGCUGCAACAGUGGGCAGCCUUGUGUGUGGGCUGCUGCUCGUGAUAGCUAUGGGCUGUACCUGUAAACUCUACUCCCUCAGAACCAGAGAGUACAGCAUGUUUGCACCUAUCAGUCGCCUGGAGGCAGAGCUAAUUCAGCAGCAGGCCCCUCCCUCAUAUGGCCAACUGAUUGCCCAGGGUAUAAUUCCCCCAGUGGAGGACUUUCCAACUGAAAACCCUAACGAGACAUCUUCGCUGUCUUUGAGAGGAAUCCUUCAGCUCCUUCGACAGGAUGCAGCUAACUCCCCACACCGCAGACGUAGGCCCAGGUUUGUGCGACGGGCUGUGCGGAGGAUGAGGCGGUGGGGUCUAAUUCCCAGAACUUCAUCCAGACCAUCCCAGGCCUCCAGCACCCCACAGGCAGAAGCAGUCUCCACCCCACAGGGAACCCUUCAGCCCAUAGCCACCAGCUCCUCUUCGGCUGUGGAGGCGGUCAACCAGCCCGUGCCUCAAAAACUGGGCUUGGCUCAAACGGAGCAGCAACAAGGAGCUCCUCCUCCUCCACUGCCCCUGCCAUCAUCACCUCCUGCGUCCCCUCCACCUCCUCCAUAUGCCCCCCCAGCCCCUCUUCCAGACACUCCCCGCACUCCUCCAGUCACUGUCCCACCCAGCAGCCCCUCUCUGGCCUCUAUCUUCCACACAUUGGGCCUGAGUAUCUCCCUGUUCAGGGCCUCUCCCUCCAACAACUCCAUGGCCCUGUCUGCGUCUCCCUCCUUCUCAUCGUCCUCCUCUGAUGAUGACGUGCUGCUCAUCCCGUUGUCAGAGGACACCUCCUCCACCACCUCAGAGGAUGAUGUGCCCAUGCUCACCUGAUUAUAUUCCUCACGUCCGUCUUCUUUAAGUAAACUCGUCUUUCCACAGUUGUUUGAACAUGGAAGCAUAGGAGGGGUGAGCCUUACCCUUGCUGUGCAAGUCUGGUGCCUUUUGAAUAUCUUUGAGUUGUUGAAAGUAUUUUAUCAUUGAAAACAAACUCAUGUGUUUUAGACAAAAAACAUGGCUGACCUAUGUUUUGACAGUAUGUUGGUGGUGAGUAUUAAUGUGCACUUAAUACUAGGCUGCACAUUGAAGUAAUAUUUUGCACAGAAAUUUCUUCCCUAUCUAGAUAUUAAGGCAGACUACUGUCAAUUUGAGUGAUUUCCUUUUAGAAGUGUCCAUUUUUUAUGUUUGGUAUGAGUGCCACCGAGUGAAUGCAUUUGGAUUUAGUCUUGUAAAGACAAUGGAGAAUUGAGGUAGAGCAAUCUGCAUCUUUCAUCCUGACUCAUAGCUCUCUGGCCAUAUGGUUUUCCAAUGAAAGUGCCUUUAGAUUCAUGUAGAAUCAUCUGAGAAGCCAAAUCAAUAUCAGUUCAGGUCUUCACAAUGACCGUAAACAUUUUAAAAACUGCUCCAUGUGUUACAAUGCCCAGCAUUAUAUCUAAGUAGUUUGGCAUAAGACUUUAGUGGGUGAAAUCAUGCAGUACUUGCUUUUAUUCAAUCCAACAGUCUUAAUAAAAUAUAUAGUAAAAAAUAUGUUAUUGAUUUUAGGGGGCUUUUUCUGAGGUGAAAAUGUGGCUUAUCAGAUUCUAAGCUUCACUCUGCUCAGUGCACACCAAAAUAGGCACGUAUUUAUUUUGUCACUUCGGCGUAUGCAUUGAUACACCACUGGGCACUGAAAGUAAUGCAUGUCUCCACAUAAAGUUGGCAAUAAUCUUUGAGACCCGGUUCUUGUGCAUAUCCAAUCUUUCCACUUGAAUGUCUAAUACAGUCUCAAACUCAUAAGACAAUCUCUGGUGCCUGAAAUAAGGUGUGCUUUGGUGUGGUGUGAAGAGGGACAUGUUGGCUGUUCCCAGGGGCUCUAAAUUAAACUCAGCCUCAGUUAAGAGUCAUUCCCAUUUUGACAUAGCAGACUCGUGAUGUGCCAUUGUAUCAUUACUUUUAUUGUGUUUUUAUUUUAGACAGUUAACAUAUUUUUUAUUGUUGCUUUGUUGAAUGUAUUAGGUUUAAUGGAGGAGAUUUAAAUUUAUAAUAUGACAAUGAGAGAAAAUAAUUUGAUUUAUUUGGGUCAUCUUCACUGUAUAUAAGUAAAUAUGUGGCUGAGAUUAAACAAUUUGCACUUUUAA